CGGAAGUCCAGUGACGACUGCAGUCAUGGCGUCGACAGCAGCGACCCGAGCUGCCGCCGGAGCUUCUAAAGUUGUCAAACCCAUUUUCAGCCGGGAUCUGGACGAGGCGAAGCGGAGGGUCCGUGAGCUGUACCGGGCCUGGUACCGGGAGAUCCCCAGCACCGUGGCUCUGUUUCAGCUGGACAUCAACGUGCGUACGGGCAGAGACAAAGUGAGGGAGAUGUUCGACAAAAACAAGCACGUCAACGACCCCCGAGUGAUCGACAUGUUGGUCAUCAAGGGGAAGAUGGAGCUCCAGGAGACGAUCCACGUCUGGAAGCAGAAGACCCACAUCAUGCGAUUCUUCAACGAGAGCCAAGAGCCUCGUCCCAAGGACUUCCUGUCCAAGUUCUACAGCGGACACGACCCAUGAUCCUCUGCUGACCUCUGACCCCGCUUUGCUUUGUCCUCUGUGACAGAUAUUCCCCUUUAUUGUAAAUACACACUUACAAACCCA